AUGGGUUUCUCUCAACUGGCCCUGCUGGCUUGCCUGACAGUUGCAGAAGCGGCAACAACACCAAGAUCCCAGUCACUGCAUCCUGUGCAACGAGCAAACGACAGCCUGCCGGCGAUAUUUGGUUCAAAUGAUACCACCACCCUCAAAGGGACGACUACAGCCCCGGGCGUAGUUAUCCUCGACUAUGGGGCCAAUGUCGAAGGCCAUCCCACCUUCGAAGUCCUUUCAGCUACUGGCGACACUUCUGGUCUAGAGAUCACAUAUAGCGAGACUAAAGCGGUACUAGACAGUUUCUACACCAGCGAUGGUCCAAUCGCUUUGGCCGCAGCUAUGGACACGUACAGAGUCAACCAGUACAAUGUGACUGAGCCCAUGAUACAUACCAAUCGACUCAUCCAGGGUGGCUUCAGAUACCAGAAGCUCAACCUCUCGACAACAGGGGAACUGGUCUUGAGGAACGUCGGUGUGAGGCCUACGAUUCCGAAUAUACCCCUUGAUCAACUACCGGGAUACUUUGAGACAUCGGACGAAGAGCUCAAUCGAAUUUGGAAGGUCGGAGCGCGGACAGUUCAACUAAACGACAUCCCUGCGCACUCCAUCCCGGCGUUCUGGCAGGUCUCCUCCGAAGGUUCUCUGGUAGAGAGUCAGGCACCUCAAGUUCUGUCAGGCGGAGCCGCUGCUGGAUUGAUGAGCUAUCAGCUUGCAUUCGAAGUCAAGCCCAUUUCCAAAGGGCUAGGCUUCUCUGUACUGGCUGACACUCUCAACUCCGGAAUCUACAUCUUCUGCAACAUUGCCAAUGGAUCGAUCUCAGCACACUUCGGAUCCACGGAGGAUUCUCCUCCACUUGCAUUCGCAGAAUUGCCAGCAAACAUAACCCUUGGUAGCUGGCACAAGGUUGAAGCCACUGUGGAUACGACUGGCAUCGCGGUAUCCUUGAACAAGGUUCCCGUUCUUCAAUUUUCGCAGACUUCUGCAUUUUUCGGUUCCUUUGGGUUGGGCGCGUCGUUCGGCCACUCUGCCGUUUUCCGUAACCUGUCUGCUACGACUCUGACAGGUCAAUCGAUCUAUUCAGCCUCUUUGACAGAUGAGGCUUUCCUGCCGGACUUCCUAAUGGGAACAAACCCGCACGAUACAACGGUUGACGGCUCGAAACGCGACCGCAUUGCGUAUGCAGGCGAUCUCGACAUUGCGCUCGUGUCCUCUCUAUCGAGUACCAAUGGUAUCAGUUACAUCAAAGGCACGCUCGAUCUUCUUGGUUCCUUCCAACUGACCCCAGGAUUCUUCGCACCCACAGCAAAGAUCCAACAAGAGCCACUUUCCACCCCAGUCGAUGCCAACGUCACUGGCCUGAUCGGCUACUCUUUCAACCUCCUCACCGCAGCUGCCAACUUCUACAUGCGCACCGGCGAUGUCGAUAUGCCAAAGAAGUGGGCACCCAAAGCUGUACGCAUGUUGGACUGGGCACACUCUCAAGUCCUGCCCGAAAGUGGGUUGUUGAACAUCACCAACCCGUCCUUGGGCGGCGACUGGAACUAUUACGAUCCGUCACAGGCGGGUGUUGUUACCAAGUUCAACAUGGUCUACGCAUACGCACUCCAGGAGUGCAUCAGACUCCUUGCAGACGGUGGCAUCGACACCGAGCCAUACAUCACCCGCCUAGAUGCUUUGCGCAUCGCGAUUGACCAGAACCUUUGGUCGAAUGAACUCAACGCCUACUACCUCUCCCAGUCCAUCGACAACAGCUUCGCACAGGACUCGAACGCUCUGGCCAUUCUCGCUGGUGUGACUAGGUUCAACCACACCUCAUCCCGCGUUCUGAGCACCCUCAAACAGCUUUCCACACCAAAAGGCCCUCUUGCUUUCUCGAACGGAACUAUCGCAGCCGGGUUCUCGAAGUACAUCAGUCCUUAUGCAAGCGCCUACCACCUUCGUGCCGCAUUCGAGGCCGAUGACAACGAGACGACCAUGGAUCUGCUCAAAAGCCUAUGGGCGCCCAUGGCCGACCCGCAGGGAGCUAAUUACACCGGAUGCUUUUGGGAGACUUUGGACGCAGCUGGUGCGCCUGCACUGGGGAGGGGGACUAGCCUCUGCCACGGUUGGGCUGCAGGUCCCACUGGGGAGCUCAGCGAUCAUGUCUUGGGAGUCAAGCCUGUAGCUCCAGGGUACGCCGAGUGGCGAGUCGCUCCUGUUACGCUGGACUUGGAGUGGGCUAGGGGCAGAGUCCCCGUGCCGGGCGGAAACAAGCUAUUCGCAUCUCAUCGCCGCAACAUGAAUACCCUGCAAGAAGCAAGCCGGGUAUACAAGGCCUUCCAGAAAGGAGGGCCGACGUUCGGAGGAUGGCAGAUGCUUCCAGGCACGAAUCACGCGCGGGCAAUUGCCCGUUCAGGCGUUGAUUGGAUAUGCGUCGACACCGAGCACGGCAACAUCAACGACAGCCAAAUGCACGAAGCCGUAACCGCCAUCGCCCACGCGGGCGUAAGCCCUCUCGUCCGCAUCGCCGCGAACGAACCCUGGAUGGUGAAACGCGCCCUCGACAGCGGCGCCCACGGCGUCAUAGUCCCGCUCAUCUACACCGUCGACGACGCCAAAAAACUCGUUUCCUCUGCCAAAUUCCCGCCAGAAGGAACGCGCGGCUUCGGCUCACCGCUACCAACCCAGUGUUUCUCAAAUGAACCACUAACGUACUACCUGCGCCACGCGAACACUUCGCUCCUCACCAUCGUACAGAUAGAAACUGCGUCGGCGCUGGCCUGCUGCCGUGAAAUUGCCGCCUUGCCCGGCGUCGAUUGUUUGCUGAUCGGACCCUUUGAUCUUGGUAACAAUAUCGGUCAUCCUAUAUUGACUCCGACCAUGGAUAAGGAGCUGGAGGAGGCGAUUGAGACGAUCAAGGAGGCGGCGCAUGCGGAGGGGAAGAAGGUGGCGAUGUAUUGUAACUCGGGCGAGGAUGCGAGGGGAUAUGUGGAGAGAGGGUUUGAUAUGGUUAGCGUGUUGACGGAUCAGAUGGGGAUUACGGGGGCGUUUGAGCGGAGUUUGGGGGUUGCGAGUGGGAAGGUGGAGGGGAGUGGGGUCAAGGGGGUCAAGGGGUAUGAUGGGAAGUAA